ACAGUGGAAUUCUCUUUAGCUUUAAAGGUUCACUGUUUGAACCUUGUAACUCUAAUCAUCCAUCCUUCUAGUUCAAGAUUCUGCACUACACUACUGAACCUGCCAUGUACUCGCAUUUCCUGAACUACCCUCGGAAAUGCAGAGUACCUUCCAUCAUGUACCUCAUCGUGCCACUCUUCUGUUCCCUCUUCUUUAGCGCUUAUGCCGCGUGCUCUAACGCCAAUUGCCAGGUGCUAGAAGCUUGUUCAGCUGCUACUGAUUGUGGGCCGGGUCUCUACUGUGGCAAUUGCCCCGCUUUGGGCUUGAAGCAACCCAUCUGCACCCGAGGCCAACCCACCCUUCCUACUUCCAUUCUGAAUGGGUUGCCCUUCAACAAGUACACGUGGAUAGUCACUCACAAUUCCUUCAGCAUCGUCGAUUCACCGCCUUUGCCUGGUGUUCAGAGACUAACGUUUUACAAUCAAGAAGAUACUGUCACUAACCAGUUGAGGAAUGGAGUGAGGGGACUGAUGUUGGAUAUGUACGACUUCCAGAAUGAUAUCUGGCUCUGUCAUUCGUUUCGAGGGCAAUGCUUCAACAUCACUGCCUUUCAACCUGCGAUAAAUACUUUGAAAGAAGUGGAGGCGUUCUUGACGGAAAAUCCAACUGAGAUUGUCACCAUCAUAAUUGAAGACUAUGUGCACACUCCCAAGGGGUUGACAAAUCUGUUCAUGAGGGCUGGAUUGGACAAGUAUUGGUUCCCUGUGUCCAAGAUGCCGAAAAAGGGUGACGAUUGGCCCACUGUAACGGAGAUGGUUCAAGCAAAUCACCGGCUUGUUGUAUUCACUUCCGAUGCUUCGAAGGAAGCUGAUGAAGGAAUAGCUUAUGAGUGGAAGCACAUGGUUGAAAAUGAGCCUGGAGAUCCUGGAGUUCAACCGGGUUCUUGCCCACAUAGAAAAGAAUCGAAGGCACUAAAUUCUAGAAGUUCAUCACUUUUCUUAAUGAAUUACUUUCCAACAUAUCCAGUUGAAGCUGACUCAUGCAAAGAGCAUUCAGCUCCUCUUGCUGAGAUGGUGAAUACAUGUUACAAAGCUGCAGGGAAUCUGCUGCCCAAUUUUGUUGCUAGAAGUGAUGGAGGUGGUGUUUUUGAUAUUGUGGAUAAAAUGAAUGGCCACACAUUGUGUGGGUGUAGUACAAUCACUGCCUGCCAGGAGGGUGCACCCUUUGGGUCUUGCAAGAAUAUUUCUGUACCCAGUACAAGUCCAGUGACCAAUACUGGUGGAAGCUUUACUGGAUCUGUUCAGUUCUCUAAGUCAGCUUCGCUCAUCCAUCGUCCAAAUUGUUUGCUUCUCAUCUUCUUUUUCUUCCUGCAAUAUUGCAGUCUUGUUGCAGCUGUGAUGACUAAGCAUUAUCUCAUAUCUUAUGCAAGCUAGUUUUUCAAGAGGAUCUCUAGUAUCUUGACAUGUACCCUGCAGUAUUGCCUCAAGCUGUGAAAUGUCACAGAACUGUUGCUAGAUUAGAAAAUUAGAUUAACAAGGAUCUGUGAAGUCAUUUGAGGUAGUAAUCAUGAGAGACCAAGACUUUAUCUGGAGCUAUAAAUAGUUCAGGUAUGUUGUAUUCUUGGAUGCACAAAUCAAAUUCUAGAUAGUUGCAGCCCUGGAUGCAUCACUUU